CUAGCUGCAGGGAGGCGGUCACCGCUGGCGAGAGGCUGGCGGGGAGGGGCGUUCGACAUGCAUCUCACCGGUAGGAGGCUCAAUCAAUGCUGCGAACCGAAGACGGUGGGUCCUGGGCGGCAGCGGAGAGAGCUGGCUGCGAGGAUACAGCGCUGUGCGUGAGGGGUGAGCCUGACCCCCUUGUUCUCUACAGCAGAGACCCAGAGCGUCGUGCUGCCGUGGAUGCGGCCGUGGGGUGCUUUGCCCUGGGCGCCGGGCUAAAGUGGAUAGGGGGAGCCUACACUCCGUGCGAGCGCGCAGCCGAAGGAGGAGGACACCCCCGCCCAGCCCCAGCUUCUCUCGUCUGGCACCGGUCCAACGGGGGAGGGCACUCCCGCGCGUGCCCUCCACCUCUUCUCGCCCCGCCGAGAGGACGGGGGCACCCACUGACUACCCCCCUCAGCCGGCCGGCGAGGGGGGCAGGAUGAGCGGCGGGCGGAACGGGCGAGCGGCCGUGAAGAUGGAGGCCCCAUUUUACCCCGAGGAAGGGCUGGAGUUGCUGUCCGAUUUAGUGCCGUUGCCGGGCUUCGGCACCGCUAGCGGCCUCGGGGCAGCGGCAGAGCAGAAGCUGCUCGGCACCGCAAAGAAGCGGGACCUGGCAGCGGCCGCCUCCUCGCCGCUCCCGGGUUCCUUUUCCCUGCGGCCGCCCGGCAGCACCCGGAGCAGUGCAGUGGCGCUGCACCUCCUCCCGCCGGUCCCUGCUACUGCUGCCCCGCUACCGGGCUCUGGAGUGGGCGGUGGGGAAGGAGGAGAAGCGAGCGCCCGGGAGGGCCCGGAGGCCCCUUUGGGGUCGACGGUAGAGCUACCGCUGCUGAAACUGCCUCCAGCUGCCGAUCUGGAACAGCUGCUCAUCCACAGCAGCUCGGGCUUAGGACCCAACAGUCCGGGCUCAACAGCGCCCACUCCAGGGACCAGCGCGCUCGUAUCCGCUGCGGCUGGAGGGCCUUUCCUCUACCGGCAGCCGGUGACGCAGGAGCAGGAGGGCUUUGCCGACGGCUUCGUGAAGGCCCUGGCUGACCUGCACAAACAGAACCAGCUCCUGGCUGCUCCGCCGCUCUCUCCGCCAGGGCCUUGCUGCCCUUCCCAUCCAGGGCCUGCCGGCAACUCGCAGGCAGUCUACACCACCUUGAGCAGUUUCAACCCAGCCAGGCCACUCAGCCCCUCCAGCAGCUCGUACCCCACCACGGCAGCGCCUCCAGGCUUGGCCUUUGGAGCUGCGGGGCUGGGGAAUGAGCGACUGCCGCCGGUGCCAGGCCCCACGCGGCCCUUGGAGGAGCCACAAACUGUGCCUGACGUGCAGCUGGCCGUGGGUGGUGAUGGUGGGAGCAGCACGCCGGUGCUGUCGCCACUGGACGCAGAGAGCCAGGAGCGGCUGAAGGCAGAGCGGAAGAGGCUGAGGAACCGGAUUGCGGCCUCCAAGUGCCGUCGGCGGAAGCUGGAGCGCAUUGCCCGCCUGGAGGAGAAGGUGAAGGUGCUCAAAGGGCAAAAUGCCGAGCUGGCAGCCACAGCCAACCUCCUCCGUGCCCAGGUCACGCAGCUCCAGGGACGUGUCCGCAGCCACCUUUCCUCUGGCUGCCACAUUAAUGCCACUAGCCCCACCACCGUUGUGCAGCCCCCUGAUGUACCAUCUGAAGCGGCCGCUGCAUCGGAGACCAGCACCUGCUGAGGGGUCAUGCCAUGGUGACAAACUGAGGAAACCCUACAGCCUUGCGUGGGGGCAGCACAGAAGAGAGACACCCUACCGCGGAGGGGUGGCCCAGGGGCACUUGGCUGUUACCAGAGAGGCUGUGGUUGGGAGAGGCCCUUGGCUCCUGCUUUGAUCACUUCUCAUCUGCCUGCCCUCCACAUGGACACACACACACACACACACCCUGCACAGUGGAUCUCAGCAGGGGAGCUGAGCUGAAAGCACUGGUGAAAAUGCCCGUAUCUGUCCUUUAUCAUCAUUGCGCCUUCAAGGGAUGCAGACUUGUGCUGGGAGCAGGAGAAACCUACAGAGUUUCCUCUGCAGGAGCUGUCUUGCAGCACCACCAAGCUGCAUUUUGGGGACAGUUUUUGUCUUUAUUGUGGGGGAAGCAACAAAGGAGGGUGUGCAGGAGGGAAGGCAUAGUCCAGAGGGCUAGGAGAGAUUACUGACAGAUCAAUAUGCUGAGUAUCUUAGACUUAAGAUCACUUUUUAUUUAUUAGUCUAGAGAAGGAGGUUCCAGAAACUGGCUAUUAAGUGUGUUAUAAGGUAUAUUUAUGUUGCACUAAGUACAAAGACAUUUUUAUAUUGAGCAUUUAACGUUUAAAGCCGACUUCAAGUCAAAUUGCUGCAUUUAAAAGUAAGGGUCUCUGUGGAUUGUGCUGUUUGUAAGCAAAAUACUUUACAUUCCAAAAUUCUUACAGGCCUAAAAUAAUUCUUGUUUACAAAAAGAUCGAACUUUUAUUUUCCCAGGAGGAGGGGAGGUAAUAUUUCCUAAUACACCUUACUGAAGCGUAUAGCUAUGGAUAAGCUUUUCAAAGCUUGAAAAAAAACCCCAGAAGCAUACACUUUUUUAAAGGUGUGUGUAUUAUAUAUAUAUUUAAAACAUAACAUGGCAAUGGAUUUUUUCUUGGUAUUGAUAAAGAUUUUUUUAAAAUACUGUCUUUCAUUAGUGCUUUAAUUCGCAGUUGAGAGUUAAGACAAAUAUGUGAAUGCUUUUGUAAGUAAAGCACAUGAAUGGCUUCAGUUUUAAAAUCAAGCCUUGGAAGAGAAUGAUUAUAUUGUAAUUCUGAAAUAGGAAGAAAUAUAUUUCAGAUUCAGUCAUAUGAAAAUGCUUUUCUAGACUGCAAGCUUUAUAUUUCUUGUGCUGGUGCAAACUUGAGAUACUGAUGGUUAUUUAAUGAGACUUGAACAUUUUGGGGGGCAUUGCCUAGAUCUUAUUUUUAUAGAUACAUAGUUUUGGAAGUGGUUAUUUGGCAGAAGAGCUUUACUUAUGCUUUUUCUUUCUCUGCGUACAUUCCAGUUGUGCUUGCUCUUUAUGCGGUACAGUAACAAUUCAGUGCUGCACAGAAAAGUGCUCAGAUCUGGGUGGGAGUUUUUUUAUAAUGUAAUUUCAUUGUAGUCUGUUCAAAUAAAUCAUAGAAACAUUA